AUGGAUCGCCUACUACGUGAAUUCGCACUCAUCGACCUCGACGGAGCGUUGGCCGCCGCUGCCCCGACCGUUCAUGACGACGACAGCGACGACGAUGAGGAUCAAGGCACGGAGAUUCUCGUGGCGGAGCGCGUACCCCUGGAGACGUGGAAUCGACUUGCUCAGCUGAACAAUUUGCCUCGUGGACUUCGACUUCGGCAGUUGGUGUGGGACGACGGCCGAGUCUCGAUUGUUGAGCUGCCUAUUUCCAUUGGACAUGAGGACGCGCUAGCCUCCGUUUUGGGCGCGUUCUGGGAUGCCGUUGGUGCUCAUGGCUCACAUCGUGGACAAUCGAGUCUGCGCCCCAAAUGGGGGCCAGAUGACGUACUCGCCAGACUACGCAUUCGUCCCGCUGCGUACAAUCCCUGGCUUCCAAAUCCCUGGAACUCAAGUGCCCCGGGGACGAGCGACGGUGGUCGUGGAGAUUAUGCGCAUCCAGCGGUGGGCUUCAGUCCGGCCCAAGGUGCAAAUUACAUCUUCUGUCUGAAGAUGUCAUUGGCAAUGGAUCGCUGGUCCUACGAGCUUUAUGACGUCCCGGAUCACAACCCCCCUCCAGGCCAGAACGCCUGUCAGCUCUCGUUCAACAUUUCCGAGAGGGUCGUUCCGGCCAACCACGUAGUGAACUUUGACUCCAGACGGGUUCUCGGGCUGCCGCAGCAAGCGCAAUUGCCAGCAGCGAUUCCAGACCAGAUCGUCGUUGACCUCGUCGCUGUGGCCCAACAUGCUCGUGCGGCCGCACGUGAAAUGGGGGAACGUGUAGCUCGGUAA